UGUGUUGUUUUUUUAUGGCCGCUAAACAUAUCUCUUAAACAAAAGCAUAGUCCAAUCGAAAAUUCUCCAUAUCGCGUUGAUGAAACCAUGUUGAAGUCGUGCACGGUUUUUGUCUGGCUUAUUGGUUCCCUCCAAUUGAAUCGUAGCUUGGCUGAACGAGAGUUCUGCCAAACACAGUGGCCGGUCGCGAUUCCGCCAUCCACCGAGAUCAACGAUCCUCAACAGAUCACGGGUACCUGGUAUAUGUAUCGGGAGAAAGCCCAGUUCAGCUCAGUCACUCCAUUCAAUCAGCACAUAGAAUGGGAUGUCAUUACGCAGACGGUUGAUACUUCAACUAAUCAAUCAGCGUGGGCCGUGACGGCUCAGUUCAGGUUGAGCGCGGUUGUAGGAAAUCGGACAUGUCAAAAUCAUUUCUGGACAGGACUGUAUACGGUUGACGGGCGCAUGGUUGGAACGAUGGCGGCAACGGAGGAUAAUUUUCUUAUGAGGGAAGUUGAUCUUAAUGUUUUAUAUCACGACUACAAGAAGCUCCUGGUAGCGUACGGUUGCAACGGUCCCAGGUUAGACGGAACUUGUACAACCCCGCUCGUUAUGGUCCAAGUCCGAGGAAACCCUUUCGAUAUGUCGGCAACCGAUAUGGAUGACCUGGACAAUAUUCUGAAUACGGUGUUCGCUGCGUACUGUAUCACAGCUAACGAUAUCCCGAAACAACGAUUCGACCAACGCCCUUCGUGCCCGUUGACAUUUUUGCCGGAUUGCUCUGCCAAAGACAGGCAGGGCCUUCGUUCGUUGGGCAAUUACACUGCGUUGAAUCCCUCUCCCGACUGUCGGCUACCGAACUUCAUCGACAGUGAAAUCCUGCUAGAUCCAGCGGAGCUUGCCGGUUCAUGGGAAGGAUAUGCUGCUCAUGGUUUAGCAGAACGUGGUUUUACUUUGGAUUUUAAAUGGCAUACCAUCGGGACCAGUUGGUCGGCUUCUCCUAACACCACCUCACAAGUAAUGUGGAUGGAGUACAUCUAUCGAAUUUUAACCGGUGGCAUCCAUGAAGCUAAAUGUUGGUAUGGUUAUUACGUCGGUGAAGUGCACAGCAAUGGGCGAAUGAACGGUUUGUUCUUCGAAAAAGGACCCGGUUCGAUUGAUCAGAGACGAAUUCUCAGCUUGAGUACCGUGUAUCACGACGCCAAUUUCACGUUGCUUUAUGGCUGUUUGGUUCCCAGUCCGGUGACGGGCAUUUGCAGUUCCUGGUGGCUGCUGGGAACAACACACGGCCGACGAUUGGAUGCCAUGUAUGAUCCGGUGAUUGACACUUUUCUUAACAAGUACGGGUCGUGCGGCGAUGCCAAAGGGUUGAAUGCUCGCCAGCAAAUUGUGACGAAUCCGUGUUUCUUCGGAGCGGCGAAUGACAUCUUCGAAGCGUAUAAUGAGACGUGCCUACAGUCAUCUAUUAAGGGGCUACACGAGAAGGUUGUUGUUAAUCCGACUUCCACAAUACCAGUGCCCUAUUAAGCGCAACGCGUUGAAUAUUCUAUGAACGCCACACUAAACCUGUUUAAGACAAUAAUGCCCCAAUUUAGUAAUAUUUUCUAAAUACUGUGAAGGUGAAUUGUGAACUUUUUAUUUUUUUUUAGUGUUAUCUUUUUCAUUUCAUGUGCUUCCCAGUUCCCAGAAUCCAUGACCUUUCUACAAGUUAACGUAAGCGGUAACUAUCACCAUCACGUA